UAUAUUUCUUCUUACGUUUUAUUUCAGAUAUCCCAUCAAUACAAACGUAUUGUCGGAUAAUGACUUGUGUAUAGCAGCACUUCAACUCUCAACUUAUAUUUACUUAAAACCAGUUUCAUUACGAAUUUAAAAUUUAAAAGUUAUGCUACUGCGACCUUAAGUACUUUCUUUUUGGUAGCUUUGUGCCAUUGAUAAAAAAUGUCGAGUCCUAUCAACGUUUACACUCGAAAAUAACCGUAAGUUAAAAGUUUUGUGUGCAUUUCAAAAUUAGUUGUUUUAUCAAAUUGAUAAUAUCAUAAAUAAAUAGCCUCGUUGAAUAGCUUAAAAAAGUAAUCAAAUGCGGAAAAGUAUACCUUGAAUGCACUGACACAAUAAAUCUCCAAUCAAAUAUAUUGCAAAGAAAAAAUCAAAGAUACUCGACACAUAGAUCGUCGCAAAUACACUUAACUUCCUCCCACCAAUAUUGGGGGGGGGGGGAGGGGGACGGCUAGAAAAACUUUUUGAUCCUGUUUUUGAACGGAUGAGCGCGGUUUCAAUUGGAAGGAGUGUUGAAACGAUUUGCAUCGUCACAGCGUCAAUCGAUCAACAGGCUCCUAAUUUGUGUAUCAAGUAAAUCGCACUGUAUAUUACAACUGCAACAGACGUGGAAGAAAUAAACUUUUGAUUUGUCACAUUUGAAAUCUCUGAUGGACGGAAAUGCACAAAAUAUGUUUCACGGAAAUCACCAAGGAGAACCUUACUAUCGCUACGACCCAACCGCAGCUGCGACAGCUGCAGCGGCGGCAACACCACGAGCUAUGGGUCCUCCGGGAGCGUAUCCGCCACGUCACCGGGCUCCACAUCCGCUGCAGCAACAGUCUCAAUAUCCAACGUACCAACCAACACCGGAUAACAUAUAUGGACUCACAGGCACUGACCAGCACAGCUUGGGAAUGGGUGACUUAAGUGGUUGGGGUGCAGCUUCAAGUCAGACUGGUGCGUAUCCAGCCUCUGGUAUGGGUGCUUACGGCCAUCCUCAAGUGCCACCGCCCACACAACAACGGCAGCCUACUUUACAGCCAAGGAGGACAACAGUCAUAUUAAAUGCCAGCUUUUUAUUAGGACUAUGUAAAUGUUCCCCUACGCCCUAUAAAAAGUUUGCAUUUUGCGUACGAAAGUUUAUGAUUCCACUUUAUUCGGAAUUAAUUUAAUUAAUUUUAAUAAAA